CUCGCGAUAGCGGAGCGGUCGCUGUGGAAAGAUGGCCGCUCACGGAACGAGUCCUGGAUCGGGAAACAGCGCUAGGCUCAGCCCGGAGAGACGCAGCUGACCUACGGCGAGUCCGCUUAGGCUCAGCCGCUCCUUCCUCACGGUCCCCCCGGAGCGGAUGGGUGCAGAGGCCCAGGGUAAGCGGCGCGAGGAAGCACAGCGAGUCGGACUGAGAGCGCGGGGGGAAGCGGGGCGCUAGCUAGGAAGCUAACGUUAGCGCAACGUUAGCUUGCUAGCUAGCUAACCAAGCUCACCGAAACCCGGGCGAACCGAGGCAGAACCGGAGCCGGCGGGGCGAACCGAGGCAGAACCGGAGCCGGCGGGGCUCCAGCGGCGGAAUACAGCGGAUAAAGCGGGCCGGAACCCGGGGAGCUGUAAUUCUCCGCUAGUAUGAGCGGACCCGGGCAGGACAGCGAGCCAGAGGCCAAGGUCCUUCACAUCAAGCGGCUGUACAGGGCUGUGGUGGAAUCUGUACACAAGCUGGAUGUUAUCAUUGGUAGCAAGUCAUCUUACAGGGAGGUCUUCAAGCCGGAGAACAUCAGCCUGCGGAACAAACUGCGUGAACUGUGUGUGAAACUGAUGUUCCUGCACCCCGUCGACUAUGGCCGAAAGGCAGAGGAGCUACUCUGGAGGAAGGUCUACUAUGAGGUCAUCCAGGUCAUCAAAACAAACAAGAAGCACAUCCACAGCCGCAGUGCUCUGGAAUGUGCCUACAGGACUCACCUGAUUGCUGGAGUAGGUUUCUACCAGCAUCUACUGCUCUACAUCCAGUCCCACUACCAGCUGGAGCUGCAGGACUGCAUCGACUGGACGCAUGUGACUGACCCUCUUAUCGGUCGUAAGAAGCCUGUGUCUGCAACACCUAAAGAGAUGGAAUGGGCCCAGAUGGCCUGCCAUCGAUGUCUUGUAUAUCUGGGCGACCUUGCUCGGUACCAGAAUGAACUGGCAGGCGUGGAGGCGGAGCAGCUGGCUGAGCGUUUUUACCACCAGGCCCUGUCCGUCUCGCCUCACGUCGGGAUGCCUUUUAAUCAGUUGGGUACGCUAGCUGGAAGCAAAUUUUAUAAUGUUGAAGCCACUUACUACUACCUUCGCUGCAUUCAGUCAGAGACUCCCUUUGAGGGAGCGUAUGGAAAUCUAAAGCGCCUGUUUGACAAGGCAGCCAAGAUGUACCACCAGGUGAAGAAGCAAGAGAUGAAGAAGCUCUCGCCAUCACGCCAGAGAUCAAAAGAUAUCAAACGACUCCUUGUAAGUUUCAUGUACCUACAGAGUUUGCUGCAGCCCAAGAACAGUUUAAUGGAAACGGAGCUUACCUCAUUAUGCCAGUCAGUCCUGGAGGACUUUAACCUGGUGCUGUUCUACCAGCCCACACCGAGCCAUGGCAGCCAGUCUGUGAGCGAGGAAGAAGACGACCACGACCAGGCCUGCUCUGUGCUGCCCGACAGCCUGGUCUUUAAGAUGGUCGUCAUCUGCCUUAUGGUGGUGCACAGUCUAAAGAGAGGAGGUUCUAAGCAGUACAGUGCCUCCAUUGCCUUCACUCUAGCACUUUUCUCCCAUCUUGUGAACCAUGUCAAUAUCCGGCUUCAAGCUGAACUGGAGGACGGGGAGAGCGAGGUCCCACCGUUACGCACUGACAACAUUGAUGAUGCUGAUGUCAAGGAACAGGCUGGAAAGCUUCCUUCAGAGGAGAGAACCCUCCAGAACGGUUCUCUGGAAGAGGAAGACGAUGAGGACGAGGAAGACGGAAACUCGAAAAGCAAGAGAACAGGCGCAGCAGCUAAAAAAGUAAAGAAGAGCGCGGAAGACAAGCAGAGACAGAAGAGGAAAUACUCGCGUUUGUCCAUGCUCCGGCGCCGCCGCUGCGCCCGCGAUGAGGAUGAAAGUGACCUGAGUGAGGGCUUUGAGAGUGAUGAAGAGGAGGAGGAAGAGAGCGGAGGGGCCACGGACGGCCUGGGGGACUGCAGGCCCCCGGCGAACUCUUUGGCGAAGGAGGUGCGGAGCAGAGAGGGGAGAGGGGCCUGGGAGAGUGGCUCUGAGGAAGAAGAGGAGGGAGGCACGGCCUUCGACGUAGAGACGGACUCGGACAUGAACAGCCAGGAGUCGCGCUCAGACCUGGAGGAAAUUGAGGACGCAGAAAACCCGGCACAGGAGCAGCAGCAGCAAGAGGAUGAGGAGGAACAGCAGCAGCCUCAGCGGCAGCAGCCCUCCCGCGAGGACAGCUCCACCCCACCAGCCACCAACGGUCCACUGCUGUCCAACGAUCCCAUUAUCAGCAGUAACCUGCAGGCCAUGUCCUCCCAGCUUUUCCAAUCUAAGCGCUGCUUUCGCCUCGCCCCCACCUUCAGCAAUGUCCUCCUGAGGCCCCCUAAUACCCCCAACCCCGCCCCGGACUCAGACUCCCCGGCCCCUUCACUAGAAGCCACGCCCCCUCCUGGAAACUCAUCUGGCAACGCUACCCCAGAAAUCGCAAAUGGAACCAAUGACAAUGAUGUUGAAUCCGAGACCGAGGACAGUGAGCACAGCAACCAGUCAUUACACAGUGAGAAAACCCUUUCUGAGAGACUUGAGAUUCUGACCAAUCAGGGUCUCAUUCAGGUUGUGAAGGUCUUCGUGGACUGGCUGAGGACAAAUACCGACAUCAUCCUUAUGUGUGCACAGAGUUCUCAGAGCUUGUGGAACCGCCUUUCUGUGCUGCUCAAUCUUCUGCCUGAUGGGAGCAAGAUGUUAGAAGCAGAGCUGGGGCUGAAGGAGGUGAGGGAACUUGUGUCGGGGUGUGAGCAGCCGGACCUGGUGCAGACGGUGCUGCUGCCAGAAGACCAGGCGCUGCGCCACCUCCCCGCACUCAACCUGGCACACCGCCGCCUGGACUUUACCAGCCACAGACCCAACCUCAGCUCUCUGCAGGAGUGUGUGGUGCGCUUGUGCUGCAUUCGCAGCUUUGGCCACUUCCUCACCAAUCUCCAAGGCAACGUGUUGCACUUCAACCCGGAGGCGGGCAUUUUCACCAGCAUCAGCCAAUCGGAGCAGGAGAACCUGGUUCAGCAGGCGAAGGCCCAGUUCCGCAUGGCUGAAGAGGAGGCUCGCAGGAACAGGCUCAUGCGGGAUAUGGCACAGCUGCGCUUACAGUUGGAGGUGUCCCAGCUGGAAGGCAGCCUGCAGCAGCCCAAGGCCCAGUCCUCCAUGUCCCCGUACCUAGUGCCCGACACAUCCGCGCUCUGCCAGCACCUGAACCUGCUCCGACAGCUGGCUGCCAGCGGCUGCUUUAUCAUCAUCAUCCCCCGCACAGUGAUCGAUGGGCUUGAUGUUCUAAAGAAGGAAAAUCCAGGUGCAAGAGAUGGCAUCCGUUUCCUUGAGUCAGAGUUUCGCAAAGGAAACAGAUAUAUCCGCUGCCAGAAAGAGUCCGGGAGGAGCUUUGAGAGGGACAAGCUGAAAAGACAGGACAUUGAAGCCUGGCAUCUCUACAAGAUGGUGGACAGUUGCCGUCAGCUGACGGGCUCCCAGAGCAGCGGCGAUGAAGACACAGCUGGCAUGGUGACCAUCCUGACCGGACACGCAGUCGCAGAACUGACUGAACGAUCAGCUCCCAUGAAGUCAGCCAUCCAGGCGGUGGUGUCCGCAGGCAUGGAGCUGAAGAACAUCGUUGAUUUCUACCGGCAGUGGAAGGAAAUGGGCUGAAAGAGGCAGAGGGGCAGGGGACCAGCCCGGCGCUCAGCUGAUCACACAUUCACUCCCUCUCUCUUUCUGUCUCUCUCUCUCUCCCAUUCUAUUGCUCUGUCUGUUUCUGCAUCUCCAGGAUUAUUAAAUAAAUCUAAAUACUCGAGGAUGGAGAGAUGGAAAGAUUGAGGCUACAUAAGUGUUUGGAGAAAGGAAAGGUCAGAGGCAAGGGGGGCUUAAACGUGAAAGCAGUGGCUCCUCAACCCCAACACGGGAGGUAGACUCCUGAAGGGCUGGAGUGAGGUAGGGAGAUGCAACACCGGUGUUUUAGUACACCCUGGUGUAUACCGACGAGAUGAGUUAAAAAAACGUACAUAAUGUGUUGAGAAACACACAUAAGUAACACAUGCAUUUACACACACACACACACACAGAAGACAAACCAACAAGUAUAAAUAUAUAGAGCAAGGUUUUGACUUUUGAUUUCCUCCUUUUCCUGUGUUCCCAUUGAGAGGGAGUUGUGUCUAACUGGUAGGGUGGCAGGAAGGACGAGGCAGUAAACCACAGGGCAAGAGAACUCAUCCCUGACCCGAAGAGGGAGGCCGUUGUUUAAUCGGUCUAGUGCAAAAUUCACAGGGAUUCUUGACGCCUAGGUCCACGAAGGAUUCAGAUCAUUGGAUGUACAUUUUUUUUUUGGAUGGAUGGAUGGUUUUCUUUCCUUUGUGGCUGCUUAUGUUUUUUUUUUUUUUUGCCGUGUUCUUUUUGUGACUAAUGUAUUGUGUUCAUCUGUUAUUUUUGAAAAAGGAUGGAUAUGUAAGGCAGAUGGCAGGUUUUAUUUGAUUUUAUUUUUGUAUGUCAUACUGUAUUAUUGCUUUUGUAUGCUGUGCUGAUCUCACCGGAACGACCUCGGCCUCGUAGAAGCCCGGAAGAGGGUUCCGCUCAUUCUCCAUCUCAUACUUUUCAUUAGCUGUUAUUGAAAGGCGGGGUUCGGGGCGAGGCAUCUGUCCUUGAUCGCGACUCCAGCCUUUAUCGCUAACAUACGUGUGUAAAGGUAGUUUUAUUCGAGUCUAAAACUCAUGAACCCCAUUUACCAUCACUACCCAUAGUAGUUGUUCCAUACUGCACAGUGCGAAGGAAACCAAUUUACGUGUGAGGCCAUGCAUUAAACAAUAAAAAAAAGAAAUGAAAGAUCAUGGAA